CAAAUCCCCCCCCUUCUCUCUAUCCCUUCAGCUCCUGCCGAUAAAAGAUCCUCCAUCUCCGCCAUGACCUCCAUUCCACUGCCGGAAUCUCGGGCCCUUCUGGGUCCUGUUCCAUAGCUCCAGUUCCAGCUCCCAGUCUUCAGUAUCGACCCGCGUUUUGUUGGAAUUAGGAUCUUUUUCUGGCUUUAAAGAUUCGAUCUUGCUUCAGUCUGCGAAUCAAAGAUUGCGUCUUGACUGGAUCUGGAGCUCUGAUACUUGCGGAGAUGGACGUGGUGGCGGCGCUGAAGCGGGGGGUGUCGCGGCAGUUCUCCCUCGGGUCGCUGUCGAAGAGCAGGUUCAGCUUCGGGCGCCACGCCUCGCUCGACCCGAGGCUGGCCAACGCGAGACGGUUCGCCUUUGGGCGGCAGUCGUCGCUCGACCCCAACCGGCGGAGCCCCGUGAAGGGGGAGCUGGUGGGGGUGCCGGAGAAUCUCGACGCCACCAUGCAGCUCCUCUUCAUGGCGUGCCAAGGGGACGCCAAUGGGGUGGAGGACCUCCUCAAGGAUGGGGUGGACGUGAACAGCAUCGACCUCGACGGCCGGACAGCCUUGCACAUCGCCGCCUGCGAAGGGCACGUGGAUGUGGUCAGGCUGUUGCUCAGCAUCGGGGCCAACAUCGACGCUAGAGAUCGUUGGGGAAGCACGGCGGCUGCAGAUGCUAAGCACUAUGGUAAUGCCGAAGUCUAUGAUCUAUUGAAAGCUAGAGGAGCCAAAACACCGAAGACUAGAAAGACCCCAAUGGCAGUUUCUAAUCCCCAAGAUGUUCCUGAGUAUGAGCUGAACCCAACAGAGCUUUACUUCCGGCAGGGUGAUGAGCUUUCAAAGGACAUUCGUCAAGUAGCUAAAUGGAAUGGAAUAAAAGUCUCCGUGAAGAUGCUUGAGCAGGAUGCCUACUCAGAUCCAGACACCAUAAAUGCUUUCAAGAAUGAGCUGACUCUGAUGCAGAAGGUUCGACAUCCUAAUGUGGUUCAGUUUGUUGGAGCCGUUACUCAGAAUAUACCCAUGAUGAUUGUCUAUGAGUACCUUCCAAAAGGUGACUUAGGAAGUUAUCUUAAAAAGAAGGGACGUCUAAAGUUGCAUAAAGCUCUUCGAUUUGCCCUUGACAUUGCCAGGGGCUUGAAUUAUCUUCAUGAGUGCAAACCAGACCCAAUAGUCCAUUGUGAUUUAAGGACAAAAAAUAUUUUUAUAGAUGAUGGUGGUCAAUUGAAGGUGGCAGGCUUUGGCUUGACUAAGAUAUCGAAAUUAUCUCCAGACAGAUACAAGUUAGCCCAUCCCAUGGCUCAUAUUGACAGUUUAUACAUUGCACCAGAGUUGUACAAGAAUGAAAUAUUUGAUAGAAGUGUUGAUGCAUUCUCCUUCAGUCUCAUUCUUUAUGAGAUGAUUGAAGGAGUUCCAGCUUUUCACCCCAAGGCUCCCGGAGAUGUUGCUCAAAUGAUUUGCUUGGAAGGAAUCAGACCAAUAUUAAAGACCAAGUCGAAGGCUUAUGCUCCUGAUCUGAAUGAGUUAAUUGAAGAAUGCUGGAAUCCACAACCUGUAGUGCGACCAACUUUCUCAGAAAUAAUUCUGCGGCUGGACAAGAUGUAUGCAAAUUGUUCAAGGCCAAGCCGAUGGAAAGAAAAUUUUAAGCUUCCCUGGAAAUAACGAGGAGGCAUUCGCCGGCUUGCAUUAUGUUCCAUCAUGUUGUAACACUAGUAUGCAAUAUUUAUCAAUGUAUAACAUUCGCUAAUAAACAUUAGUUUUCCCGAUAAAGAUUUGCUAUUGUAUGUCACUACAAACUCUGACCAAAUAAUACUUGGAAUAUAUUUUUUUUGUUUUGAAUAUUUUA